AUGGCCUGUCCUGCAAAAAAGAAAGAUGUUACUUUUGAAAGAAUUUAUGAAUUUAACCACUCUAAAAAUUUGAAGAAUGAGAACUCGCAAUUUUGGCUUUGGAGCAGCUACAAAAUUAAUCAACAGCAAGAUAAGGUUGGUGUCUUUGUGAGCAUUGUAAGUACAAAGAUACCUUUCAAAGGAACUGGAAAGGAGUACAUUGGGGAUGACAUAACUGAAAUAUCAUCUGCUGUUAUGUCAGCCCUGAAGCAGUGCUGUCUUCAACUGAAGUCUAAGAUUGUGAAGAAACUUCAGGCUCGUGAGCGGCAGGACAGGAAAAGGAACCUGAACAGAUAUAUUCCUGAUGUUGCAAGAGCGAUUAUGGAAACUCUGGUAGAAAUUGCAGAUCAAUCUCCCCCAAAAAGGCCACGCUAUGAUAAGGAAGAUGAGGAACUCCUUGAGAAGAUAGAUUCUCAGGAGGUGACAGAGAUGACAUUUAGAGACUGCUUGGCUCAGCAUGUUGAACAGGUCGACUAUGAAAUGGCACUGGACUACGCCAUGCAGAGUGGAGUAAGCGAGGAGCCCCGAGAAGCAAUAUAUUUGAACUCACUUGAAGGAUCUUACAAGUUUGUCGACUUACAGAGUCCAGUCCUCGUGUUCAGAUUUGUUCCUUGA